UUCAUUGUUCCUCCUUCACCAAUUGAGAGGAUUUGUAUCUCUUUCAUUCAUUUUUCUUUGGAAGCUGCAGUGUAUUUUUUUCCAAGAUCUGACAGCAAGUUGAUCAGUGAAGUAGUUAGUGUAAUACCAAGGUAUUUCGAAAUUAAUUCCACGUUUUUGGAAAAAAUGUAUCCGAUGAAUAUGUCAUUUCCAAUAGCUAGAAGACUUGAAAAUCUUAAGUGUUCAAGGUGGAAUGGUAAAGUAUGGGAAGAUAAUCACUGUGAAGUGGAGUUUGUAUUCACAAAACAGGUUAACUGUAGGAUAUUUUCCCUAGGAUUCUAUGGAAUCUUUGCUCCCCUGAGCAGCAGUAGAAAUGAAGAGUUUACACAAGAGGAUAGGAACACAAUGGAACUUUAUAAUGAUACUAAUCCAGUUACAGUUCAGAUAACUCUAAUCAACUUAAAUGGUGAGAUGAGAAAGCAGCAGGGAUUUAUAAACCAUGUCCAGAUUCAUCUUGCAGAAAAUAUUGGAGUACAUGCUAGUAGAAUUCACAAUGUUAGACUGCUAGAAGAUGGAAUGAAACUUCUAGUUUACUAUACUUCCUGUCUUUGGUUCUUUAAACCUGGAAACUUCAUCAGUUGAAGCUGUACGAAUACUGUCUAAUAUGGUUAAUGCUGAGACACUAAAUCUAACAGAUGUUGCAGGUUACACAUUACAGGCUCUGCCCCACAGCCUUGUUUUAAUAGAUAAUUUCAAAGGGUCUGGAUCUGUAGCACAAACAUCUUAUUCGAAGAAGCUUGGAACAUUUGGUGUGUUAUCUUGUGGAGGUGGUGGAUUAAUGCUGUUUCUAAUAUGCUUGUUUGCUGUGAUAAAAAGAUACAAAAGGUCAAAAAGCCGAGUUGUUCCUGCUUCAUCAGCUAAAGAGAAAAACAUCAAUGGUGUUCAUGUGGAAUAAAGUACACUUUCACCUACUUCUGUGCUGUGGUGUUCAAACUUGUUCAUUGUUCUUCUCAGACACUCUCAGAAGGAUCUAUUCACCUUUUUAGAACUGCUGUUAAUUUCAAUUGAGUGUUGUGAUAUUUAAUUUGAGUGCAGUGAUACUGAAGUUUUUUCCUUAUCUUCUUUAGAAAGAUGAGAGUUACUACUUGUGAGAUUGUUAGUUUUAUCUUAUAUUUGUUGUGAUUAGCAUGAGUAAGUGCAACAUCUUAUUGACAGUUUGUUUAAUAACAGCUUAUUUUACUGCUGAUUAUAUAAAACGUACCUUGUUUAUUUGUCUUAUAUAUUUUAAUAAAGCUUAGUUAUUCAAUAAAUAUAUUGCACACAAUUGCAUAAAAAUAGGUGGUGUUGAGGUGAUAAAAAUAUGAUGAUAUAACAUUAUCAUCGUUUAUGGAAUGUAUUUUAAAGUUUCUGAUGUAAGAUAAUUUCAGAUCCAAAUAUUUAAUGUAAACAUUACAUUGGCUUAAAUAGAAUAUAGAUUAAUGAUGAAUAUAAUAACCAAUAUAAUACAUGCAAAUCUUAAUCUGUAAUGAUAAUCAUCAAACAAUAAAUCAAGUCUAAAAUUAAUUGUUUUUAACAUUGUUAAAUUUUAAUUAUCAUGACCAAAGAUGGACUGAUUGAACCCAAAUUUGUAGAAUAAUUUAAUUUACAAAAAUUGAAUAGAAUUAAUUAGAUACAAAGCUGAAAGAAACAAAAUAUCACAAUGUUUCACUGAGUUAAAUUAGCAUCAUUAUUAUCUAGCAUUUAACGUUUAGUCCUGUUUUUAAUUAUUUUGAUUAAUUUUCUAUAGUACCUCCCAUUUAGAAGUCAUAUGAAAAAGCAUAAUUACCAGUUAAAUGUAAACAAAGGGUUUUAAAGUAACUUUGAGGUUGCAGUAUUUUAUUCCUAAUAAUAUUUUAGGGACUCUAUCAGGAAUUUUUAA